ACAAUGGGAUUCCGUGUAGUCCAUUGUUUUCUUUGUAAACCUUACCCAACUUAUUUGAAAGUCGUUUUCGUAAGAUAGGAAGCACUUAAUUUCACUUUAACUUCCGACCAUGAUUUGUACCGGUAUGUUUUCUCUUGCGUGUAGUUUUUUGUGCUUUUACGCACUAAACUGUGAGCAUUUUGCGCUCGGCCAAGAGGACACGGGAACCCGGUACCUGUGCCGAGCCAUACCUAUCAACACCGACACCAGUUGUCCACUGACUAUUUUGCCCGAAGUGAGUACGGCAGGCCAGGAAGAGGAGCUAAGGAACACUGUCAUGCAGCUUCGGGAGACAAUUCUACAACAGAAAGAGACGAUAGUCAACCAGCUUGGCACCAUCAAUGAGUUGACCACCAAGCUCUCUCUUUGUGAAUCAUCGGCUUCUGCAGGAGGCAAGUUCGACACGGGGUCCUGGAGUAAGGACAACCAGAAUACGAUGGGUGACGUCCCAAGAGACCCCAACGACACAAUCGACGCCUUGGGGAAAACCAUGCAGAGUUUAAAGGAUAGGCUGGAGAACCUGGAGCAACAGCAGAUGAGAGCCAACUCCUCUGGGGCAACGUUCCCCAGCGAGCUACGUGACCUGCUGCAGCGUCGCCUGGGCGACCUGGAGAAGCAGCUGCUCCAGAAGGUGAGCAGUCUGGAGGAGGAGAAGUACCUGCUCUACAACGAGACCACAGCCCACCGCCAGCGGACAGAGAGCACUCUAAACUCUCUCCUGGAGAGGAUCAAUGAGCUGGAGAAAGGACCUGGGGAUUUCAAGUCCCCUGAGCAGUUCAAGCUGUCCCUGCCCCUGCGUACCAACUACCUGUACGGACGCAUCACCAAGAGCAUGCCUGAGAUGUACGCCUUCACGCUCUGCAUGUGGCUCAAGUCCAGCGCCAGCCCUGGCAUUGGAACGCCCUUCUCCUACGGGGUACCAGGACAGGCGAAUGAGAUUGUGCUCAUUGAGUGGGGCAACAACCCCAUUGAGCUGCUCAUCAAUGACAAGGUGGCCCAGCUGCCCCUGUCUGUGCGGGACGGGAGGUGGCACCACAUCUGCAUCACCUGGACCACUAGGGACGGCCUGUGGGAGGCCUACCAGGACGGGCAGAAGCUUGGUGCUGGAGACAACCUGGCCCCCUGGCACCCCAUCAAGCCUGGGGGGGCCAUCAUCUUAGGCCAGGAGCAGGCCUGUCGUUUAUGGCCUCAACAGGAUGUAGUUGGUGGACGCUUCGACGCCACGCAGGCCUUCGUAGGGGAGCUGAGCCAGGUCAACAUCUGGGACCGUGUCCUGAAGUCUGUGGAGAUCCAGAACAUGGCCAACUGCUCCUCCUACACCCCUGGGAACGUGGUGUCCUGGCUGGACUCCAAUGUGGAGGUGUUUGGGCAUGGAGCCUCCAAGAUCCCCCUGGAGCUGUGUCAGGACCGGCUGCCUGAGUCCUAGGGGGGCGUGCUCAAUGGGGCUCUGUCUGUUACUGACCUGGAUCAAAUUGUACUUACAAAUACUGUAGGACAAUAUAGCGCAUCACCCCUGACAAUAAUAUCAAUGGAGAAGUCAUAAAGUUGCAAACCCAGAGGUGAAUCAACUUUUUCUUAAUACCUUUUCAAAUGUUAUGUCGGUGUAUUUGAGGCACACCAACACCAUCCUGUUGAUGUGUCUGCAGUAUUUUUAGACUUAACGGUGGUAGACCUGACAAUAGUAGAUUUCACAUCAACCUUUUCACUCUAAAUAAUGGCUUUUAUUUCAGUAGCUUUGAUGUUGGCCUAUGUCAUAAAAACAAAGACUUUGAUGUUGCCUAAUGUGAUGUGUUUGGAUAGCAGUGACACCUCGUUGUAUCAGCCUCGUUGGAUCACUCAGAAAUUUGCAUUCUAUAAUAUUUGCUUUUCAAUUGUGGUUGGACAGUAACCAUCGUGAGUAAAACAUUUGAUAUUGAUAAGGAGAAGGCAGAGAGACACAGUAUGGUUGAACUACACUGCAUUGAGAUAAUCACACAUUGCACACACACACCAACACACAUCAGUUUCCAUACAGACUAGACAGACAGCAUUGGCUUUGCCAUGUGACCUGUGUUUGCGUGUUGUGUGGGUGUGAGCUGGAGGCAGAUUAAGAGUCUGUCUGAGGUGAGAGGACAGGAACCAGUGCUGAGAAGAAUUAGAGUAAUACUCAAUUAAUCCCUCUAUCCAGAUACCCAUUGAUGCAGUUCAUAUGCAAUCAUUACGUUUACAACCUAUUUACAACAGUAUUGAAUUAAGACAGCUCUGGUUAUUAUUAGGCUUUGUCAUAGAUAUGUGUUUUUACCCAUACUGUUUUCAAUACCCAACAUCCACCACAAUGCCUGUCUGUUCUAGUUGGAAGUGAAUAGUACCCUUGUGUAUUGGAAAUGUAAUUUUCCUUUGUCAAUAUGUGCUUGGUUUUAUGUCAAUAUUGAAUGUGUACUGGAUUUAACAUUGAUUGCAACAUAUUUUGCUUUGUACAGUCAUUACUGUUAUGUUGCCGUUUCUGGUUAUUGUUUAGAAGUAUAUAACUGUAAGUAUUUAACUGUAAGUUUUUUUUUCAUCCAUGUUCUGUAUUUUGUCCAGUUGUAAAGUUGUGCUCAGGAUACUGUGCUAACUUCUUAUGUGGCCUUCUGAAGACAAGGUACCAGAUGUGCUUUGCAGGAUUUGAUGCUUUGUGAAUCAGUCCUUAAUGAUCUGCCAAUGAUAUAUCAUAUUAAAGAAAUUAAAACCAAACUACCA